UUAGUAUGUUAUCAUCUUCAUUGAUUGACUUUCCGUUGACGUUUUCUCUGCUUGUUCCUUUUUUCUUCUCUUUGAAAGUUGAAACUGAGCUCAUUCUUUCGUAUUUCCAAUUUUAUUGAUUCUUUAUUUUUUUUUUUCCGGGGGGAGAAUUAGUAAAUGUUGAAAUUUCUGUAACUUUCUUGGUUUUUCUUUAAGGCAGAGUUGUUUCUUGAACUUCUUUUUCUUUAGUACCAGUUGCGAUUAUUAUAACUUGCAUGUUGAAGCGGUAUUUAUUUAUUUAAGGAUUGCAGGAAAAGAUUCCUCGUGAGAUUAUUUUUUAAGUUUAAUCUCACUUUUGUUCUUUUCUUGUCUUUUCUUGUACUACAUAUGGUUUCGGGGGCUUUCAUGAGGAAAUAGCUGUUUUUCUUUUUCUUUUAAAUUCUAAAUUGAUCUGAGUUAUUACGAAAGGAGGCGAGUUGUUUGGCUGAAGAAGAUUUCAGAUUUUGAGGAACAGUGUCGAAGUACUUAUAGCAGCAAAGAUAAUCAUGAGUCAACCGAAAGUUAAGCGUCGGGUUGGUAAAUAUGAGGUUGGAAGAACAAUUGGUGAAGGAACAUUUGCUAAAGUGAAGUUUGCUAGGAAUUCUGAGACUGGGGAACCUGUGGCUCUGAAGAUCCUUGAUAAAGAGAAAGUUCUAAAGCACAAGAUGGCGGAACAGAUCAAGAGGGAAAUAGCAACUAUGAAGUUGAUAAAACAUCCAAACGUUGUCCAAUUAUAUGAGGUGAUGGGAAGCAAAACAAAGAUUUUUAUUGUUUUGGAGUUUGUUACUGGGGGAGAGCUCUUUGACAAAAUUGUAAAUCAUGGACGAAUGAGAGAAGAUGAGGCACGGAGAUAUUUCCAGCAGCUUAUUAAUGCUGUGGAUUAUUGCCAUAGCAGGGGCGUGUACCACAGAGACCUCAAGCCUGAAAAUUUGCUUUUGGAUGCAUAUGGAAACCUUAAAGUUUCUGAUUUUGGAUUGAGUGCACUGUCUCAGCAAGUUCGGGAUGAUGGGCUCCUUCACACUACCUGUGGAACUCCAAACUAUGUUGCACCAGAGGUGCUUAAUGAUAGAGGCUAUGAUGGUGCAACUGCAGACUUGUGGUCAUGUGGAGUGAUACUCUUUGUAUUGCUUGCAGGGUACUUGCCUUUUGAUGAUUCUAAUCUUAUGAACCUUUAUAAAAAAAUUUCAGCUGCUGAAUUCACUUGUCCUCCUUGGCUCUCUUUUAGUGCCAUGAAGUUGAUAACUCGAAUAUUGGAUCCCAACCCUAUGAGUCGUAUUACUAUACCUGAAAUUUUGGAAGAUGAAUGGUUUAAGAAAGAUUAUAAGCCUCCUGUGUUCCAGGAGACAGAAGAAACAAACUUGGAUGAUGUAGAAGCUGUUUUCAAGGAUUCAGAGGAGCACCAUGUAACAGAAAAGAAAGAAGAGCAGCCUGCAGCCAUGAACGCGUUUGAGUUGAUUUCUAUGUCUAAAGGAUUAAAUCUUGGGAAUUUAUUUGAUGCAGAACAGGAGUUUAAGAGAGAGACAAGGUUUACAUCUAAAUGCGCUGCUAGUGAGAUAAUCAAUAAGAUUGAAGAAGCUGCAAAGCCUCUUGGUUUUGAUGUUCACAAGAAAAACUACAAGAUGAGGCUCGAAAACAUGAAAGCUGGGAGAAAGGGAAAUCUUAAUGUGGCAACGGAGAUUUUUCAAGUGGCACCAUCUCUUCAUAUGGUUGAGGUGCGAAAAGCAAAAGGGGACACUUUAGAAUUUCAUAAGUUUUAUAAAAACCUCUCGACCUGCCUUGAGGAUGUUGUGUGGAAAACUGAUGAGGACAUGCAAGACGCAAACUGAAAAAGGUCAUGUUUUACUCGUCAAAGAAACAAGCACUCUUUUAAGUUCAAUUACCGUAGUUUUGUACCCACGCCAAGUUGCUCGGUGUUCAGUUCUUGUUCUAUAUCUUAAUUCUUUUCGCCCCUCACGAUUUCUUUCCUCGCGGGAAGCAUGGAUGAUUGCCACAAAGGUGCAGUUGUUUGUUUUUGUCCCUCAACUGUGGCUUCCAAAUAAUGUUGUAAUGCAUAAUCUUAGGGACCCAGGGACUUGUAUAUAUACGCGCAUAUUUCAUUUCUUUCACAGGUAGAUCUGCUGUAAUAGUUUGUUAGAUGAAGUCUCUAAGUAGUUUCUCGUGCCUUUCCUCCCUAAGGAUGCAUGAUGUUUUCAGGGUCAAGUGUACAUUUUCGUGUCAGGCUAUGGCAGUGCAAAUCCAUCCUCAGUGAUUUUGUUGGUAAGGGAUCCUGCUAGUUAGACGCAUGGAAAAGUGAAUGUAUCAGCAAGGAGGUUGUGCUUUUAUAUAUAUAUAUGUUGUAAUGUUUAGACAAUUAUAUUGCAAGGAUCGUAUUAGAUAUAUGAGAUGGAUAUAUGACAUUAUCUAAGUUCAUUAUGUGCA